GGAAUCAGUCGAUCACUUAGCACGAGAGCCAUGGAUCCAGCUCUGCAGUCGGAGAUCCUCAUUGUUGUACUGCACAAGCCUGGGGGCGUGUCUACUGAAGAAUUUGCUGGACUCUUUCACCAGAUCCAUGGAUAUCAGUUUAAGCUUUCAAAUUAUGGUUACAAUUCGUUAAAACUUCUAUUAGAGGAUAUGAGAAAUUUAGUUGAGUUAAAAACCACCCCUAAUGGGAGCCUUAUAAAGUGUAUUUCACCCAAUGAACACAAGGUCAUAUUCAUAAGUGGUAAUAAUCACCAGACAGUUUCCGAGUCUCCUAAAAGUUCCCUACCUGGGCCAGGAACAACACCAGUUCUAAAGUUGACCUAUAAAUCACAAGACGUUAUUCUUAGUACAUCAAAAACAGAACUGGACAUGUUUAACGAUGCUUUACCAGCCAGUGUAAAAGGACAGAGUCACAAGGGUGCUUCACAAGAACUUUCUAAAGGGAAACUACCAUCCAAGAGCAGUGCAAAACAGCAGCAUCCUUCUGCAAAUUGUAAAACUGCACAAUCCAAAAAGGUGGAACAUAGUGUUGUGAUAAAGAAAAACACACCUGCUAAAGGUCAUGAUGAAAGUAACCCUAGUCAAUCCUCACCAGGAAGCCUGUUUAGAGCUUCUAUUACAGCUGAUGGAAUAAAUUGUUCAAAUGAUGAGAACACAGUCCAACAAAAAUAUGAAAAAAGCAACUUGUUACCAAAUAUGGUAACUAAGUUACAAAGCAGUAAAACUGAACAGGUUGAAAAGGCUGAUCCAGAACUUUCAGUAAAACAAAAAACGUCUUCAAUCAAAUCUCAACAAAACACAGAAAAGGGUGAUUUGUCUCAUAUGCCGAACAUUAUGAAAGCCAUUCAGAAGAUUCUUUAUGAGUACAUGUCAGGCCUGAAGUUGACAACUCUUGAAAAACUCUUCAAGGAUAAAUACAAGAUGGAUUUAGAGGAAUGUAGCAAAGUUCUAGGUCAUAAAGAAAUACCUCAACUGUUAAGGCAAAUACCAAGUAUCAAAGUUACUAGUGGUUCAAAUGGAAAUAUAAAUUGUAUUUUAAAAAAAUAUAUGAAUUCCAAAACACAAAAUCCACCGGUGCAAAAUAUGAACAGUGCAAUUGAAACACGGAUUCGAAAAGAAAAUCCUAAUUCCCGUAUUCAGGUCAAAGACUUCCAGAACCCAGCAGUCAAUCGAUCUGCAGUAAGCAAUGCUCCAGCAACGAUUACAAAUGUGACAAGCGAUAAAGCUAUGAAUCAUCCUACACAACCCACCCCUAUGGGCAGUACAAUAAAUGGAAAAAAACAAAAGACCCCAACAAAUAUAGCACACUCUAUUCCACGUCAACAAAAUGCACCAAAGAAGGACUUCCAACAAAUUGUAAAAAAGACACAAAAAGUGGCAAGCGCUGAAACCAUCAAGCAACUUUUACUAUCCUUACCUGUUGACCAUAGGGUAAAUGGUGAAACACAAAGGACCCAGAAAAGUACAGAAAACUCUUUUCCAAGUCUGCAAAAUUCACCAAAGAACAGUUCCCAACAGAUUAUAGGACCAGAAAGUCACAUUACAAAACACAAUAACUACUCUGGAGUGAAACCACCUUUUACAUAUGCACAGAUUUGCAAAAAAUCUACAAAAGCAAACUGUGUCCCUAUAUGCAUUACACAAAGUGAGAGUAAGCCAUGUGCACCCAAAAGGGAAGCUCUAGUUGAACUGUCAAACACAAAAAUAAAAGAAAACAUAGCACAUGUUUUGAAAGACUAUGCAGAUGGAAUAUCCAUCUUUCAUUUUCAGAAAAAAUAUAUUUUUAAGUUUAAACAACCUCUUUCUCUCAAUGGAUUUUCUUCAGCGAAACAGUUCUUAAUGGCGAUGAAGGAUGUAGUCUCAGUACAAGGUCUGGGAGUGCAGGCAUUACUGUUUCCAGUAAUUUCUAAUGCAAUGGCAUCCAAUGAAAUUAACAACACGCAUGGUUCUACACAUUUGAUCCACAAGAGUAACCUUUUCACAUCAAAAGAAAAUGUCAUUUUUCAAAGUGCAAGUCCAUCAUUAAAUGCAAAUACAAAGUCAAAAACAUUUAUGAACAGCAACAAAACCAUGAUUACAAACCAAAAUAUUACUGAAGUUGUCAACAAACCAGAUGAAAAAGAAUGGCCUGCUCUAUCAUCUGGCCACCUUACUUUGAGACUUAUGACAUAUUGCAGUACACCAUAUCAAAACUCCGACAUGGGGUCCACACGGACAGAAUCCUCAUUAGUACCUUCUCUCCAAAAAGAAGGUGAUGCGUUAUUGAACAAGGAGGCAAAAGAUCAUCUUUCAAUAUCCCACCUGAAAACAUCUGAUUCACAUGCAAAUGAGACAGAUUGGCCAACAUUGUCUGACUCUUUGAAAAAACUUAAGCAGCUACCUGAUUCACAAACUAUUAAGAUUUUCACAGAAACACCAUCAUCAUCUUCUUCACCACAAAAUAUACCAUGUAAUGAUGCUGCUGGUGAAAUGGUUCUUCAACAAACGCAGCCACAACUGUUACUUUUACACCAUAAAGAUGAUGAAAUUAUCCCUAAUGUAAUUUCAGAACAAGCUGAAGAUUUGUCAGAAAAGAAAAUGGAAAUUGUAAAUAGCAGACAAGAAAAUUAUGAUUCUAAACAUGUCCCAACAGAAACAAAACUAACAAAGCAGACAGAACCGAAAGAGCGUGAAUUCAAACUCCAAAAAGCUUCUGGACAAAGUGAAUAUGUAUCAUCACAACUUCAACAGGAAAUAUUCUGCUGCAUUCCACAAACACCUGUUAGUCAGAAUGAAGAAAGCUCCACCAUGUUACAAAAUAAUGCAUAUGAUUCAAUUCCUCAGAAUACACCUGGGCCAGAAGUAAGUCUGAAACUACAGCAACAGAAAGUUCAAAAUUCCAUGCUCAAAAAAACAUCUGACAUGCAAAAUAAUCUUUUAAAACCUCCAGUAAUUUCUGGGCAAACUGAGCACCAGCCAGUGCAGGCAAAACACGGUGAUGUACUUACACCCAAUCCGCAAAAUACUUCUGGGCAAUAUGAAGCACCACCAUCACACUCUCAAAAGAAAGUAAACAUAUAUUUUCCCCAAACAUCUCUUGUUCAGAAAGAGCAAACCUCAUCACAUUUACAACAUGAUGAAACUAAUGACAAUCUUCUAAAUGCUUUUGGGCCUGUGGAAAGUAGAACAUUAGAGUCACAAAAGACUGUUGAUGAUUGUUCUUCCAUGCAGAUUCCAGGAUCAGCUGUUACUCUGACACCUGAAACAACAGAAAGCCUGAAUCUACAAGCACAGAUAAAUGUGCAUGAUUUGACAUUACAUUUAUCACAGAAAACACGUGAUUCCGUCCAUCAAGGAUGGACUCAGGUUACCGAAUCAACAGAAAAAUUACAAAAUGUUCAUAAUUCCAAUGUAAAAAAUCCUUCUGGUAACGAGUAUCUCUUAUCACACUCACAACAUAGACUACCUGUAUUUAAUCACCAGAAAUAUUCUGGUCAAACAGGACACCAAUCCGGACACAAUGUACAUAAUUGUAAUCUCAGAUCUGUACAAACAGAAUUCCAAUCAUCUAUGGCAAAUCAGAAAAUGCAUGAAAGGGUUACCCCAGUGACAGUAGAACAAGCAGAUCAACAGUCACAGAUUUUGCAACCAAAAGUUCAUGAGUCCAAUGACACAAUUGAACCAGAAAAUACAGAAACUUCACUCUCAUGUUUGCACAAAAAAGUGCAUAAGUCACACACUUACAACAGUCUUGGACAAACCGAGUUCUUGUCUUCAGAAUUAAGGAGGAAAGGAAAUGAACCAGGAUCCUCACAUUUGCAGCUAAAUCAGAACAUGUUUGAUUCUCAUUCCCAUAGCCAUCAAGAGAACAAUGGAUUCCCCUUAUUACCACUACAAAAGCCAUUGUUUGAUUCUAAUUCAGCAAGUAGCACUGCUGGGGAAGAACAACAAUCUUGGCAAACUAACAAACAUUCUUGUUGUAUUUUAUAAUGCUUUAGAGUGUGGAUUCGUAGAGCCUUGUGCCCAUCCACUAUUCUAUUUUUCUAUUCUAUGUGCUUUCUCCUAACACAUAAAAUGUAUCUAUAUCUC